GUGACUUAGAUAUUAUAUGCACUUUAAUUGUAUAAAAAUAAAUUUUUAUCUUCAAGAGGGUCAUAAAUCAAGACUGUAAUCGUUAAUUUAUUCCAUACAAAUAAUUAAUUACCUAAAAAAUAAAAUGGUGAAAGCAAAAACGUACGUCCUGAAGGAAUACUUCCAAGGCUUCCCGAAGCCCACUGACAUUCACCUGGAAGAAGAAGAGCUCCCGGAAAUCCAACAGGAUGAAUUCUUAGCGGAAGCAAUUUACUUAAGCGUCGACCCUUAUAUGAGGAAAUAUGUGGCCAGACAACCACUCAAUUCCAUCAUGGUAGGCACCCAAGUAGCCCGCAUUACAGAGAGCAAAAACCCCAAAUUCCCUGUUGGUAGACAUGUCAUGGCUCGAUUCGGUUGGAGGAGUCAUACAAUCCACAAUGGGGAGCCAGAUGGUGCUGGGGUAGCACCAUUUUUAUUACCGGAGGAUGACAUGGGGGAUCUACCGUUGUCUUUGGCUAUUGGGAUGUUGGGAAUGCCCGGGAGCUCUGCUUAUUUUGGAUUGCUGGAAACCAUCCACCCUAAAACUGGUGAAACUCUGAUUGUCAGCGGUGCAGCUGGAGCUGUUGGCAGCCAUGUGGGGCAAAUUGGCAAAAUUAAAGGUCUGAAAGUGAUCGGAAUAGCAGGUUCAGAUGAAAAAGGGGAAUGGCUAACGAAAGACUUAGGCUUUGACCACUUUAUCAACUAUAAGACUGAUGAUAUUGAUAAGAAAUUAAGGGAAUAUGCACCUGGUGGGGUGGAGUUAUAUUUUGAUAAUGUUGGAGGCGAGGUUACCACCCAAGUACUAAAAAACAUGAAAACCUUUGGAAGAAUCAGUGCCUGUGGUUCUAUUGCUGAUUAUAAUGAACAAAUUCCAAAAGCCUCAAUGAUUCAGCCUGCCAUGGUCUUUAAUCAACUGAUGAUGCAGGGAUUCCAAUGUAUGCACUACAAGAACCGAUGGGAUGAAGCUUUUAAGCAAAACCUGGAAUGGCUCAAAGAAGGGAAAUUGAAAUAUAAAGAAACCGUCACCGAAGGGUUUGAAAAUAUGUUUGACGCUUUCGUUAAUAUGCUUAAAGGCGGAAAUGUUGGAAAAGCCAUUGUGAAAGUCUAAGAAUAUACAGUAAUAGUAUUUUG